UGCUGCUCUGCUGCUGCUGCCUGUUUUCCUUUCCGGCCGCCAUCUUGGUCUCCUCCGCGUGCGGCUCCCGGGGUCGGCGCUUCCCUCCUGCGGCUUUUCCUGCUCGCCUGUCGGGAUCCGGCCGUUUCGUCCCGCAAAGAUGAAAGAAACGAUCAUGAAUCAAGAAAAAUUAGCUAAACUACAGGCCCAAGUGCGCAUCGGUGGGAAGGGUACUGCUCGUAGAAAGAAGAAGGUGGUUCACAGAACAGCUACAGCAGAUGACAAGAAACUUCAGUUUUCCUUAAAGAAAUUGGGUGUAAAUAACAUAUCUGGGAUUGAAGAGGUCAACAUGUUCACCAACCAAGGCACUGUAAUUCACUUCAACAAUCCUAAAGUUCAAGCUUCACUAGCUGCUAACACUUUUACAAUCACAGGCCAUGCUGAGACAAAGCAGCUGACUGAAAUGUUGCCUAGCAUCUUAAACCAGCUUGGCGCCGAUAGUCUGACAAGUUUGAGGAGACUGGCAGAAGCUUUACCAAAACAAUCUGUGGAUGGAAAAGCACCUCUUGCUACUGGAGAAGAUGAUGAUGAUGAAGUUCCAGAUCUCGUGGAGAACUUUGAUGAGGCUUCCAAAAAUGAAGCAAAUUGAAUUGUCAUGUUCAGUAAAACUUGAAAAUUAUGUGGAGCUGCUAUUUUUUAUUGUGACUUUUAUUUGUAAUAUUUUGUACUGAUCUUAGUCUUAAGAUCUGUAAUAUUUGGAAACUUGGUUCAAUGCAGCUCUUUUCAGUUAUUGUUGAUGCACAGUGCAAAUGGGCUGGAAGUACACAAAAUGGAAAAGUACUAAGUCCAAAAGCUAAUAAAGACUAAAUCUUUAGGCAAAUA